UUGUGUGUGACAUCUAAAUUUCCUUUGGUUUUCUUUCCACUUUCAAUUUCAAAGGUCAUUCAUAUUUAGAUACCUUCCCUUCUUUUAUACGAGACUCAAAGUCUCUCUCUCUCUAAAACCCUCUCUGUCUCUCUUUCUCUCUCUGUUCCGGCGUUUGUUCAAAAUGGAGUCUCUCAAAUUCACUACCUUACUCCCAUGCAAAUCAUUAUCCGGAAAUUUAGUGCGACCCAAAUUGAUCAAUCACCAUGAUGUGAUUGGGCAAGUGGGUUUGGCUCCUCUGUGGAAGAAAAGAUGCAAAACAGAAGGCCUGAGGCUCAGAGCAUCAUUGUCGAGUAAAGCUGGGCCGCAAGAUGGCGCUCCUUCAGCUGUUGAAGAUCAGAAGGAGAAAGAAAAUGGUGUCCUAUUGGGUGCCGAGAGAGAUUCGUCUGGCUCUGUUAUUGGGUUUAAUCUGUCUCCUCCUAAUGGUCAUGAAGUUGUGAUUGACACCGAGGAAGAUGUAACUUCUGAUAGAAUAGAAACAGCAGAGGAUGUAGGUGGAAGAGAGAAGCCUAAAGCAAAAGUGACAAGGAGCAUUGUUUUUGUUACUGCCGAAGCAGCACCUUAUUCAAAGACAGGAGGGUUGGGAGAUGUUUGUGGUUCUUUGCCUGUUGUUCUAGCCGGACGAGGACAUCGUGUUAUGGUUGUUUCUCCUAGAUAUCUAACUGGUUCUCCUGCGGACAAGAAGUUUUCAGGAGCCAUUGAUGUAGGCCACACUAACGUGAUUUGCUUUGGAGGGGAACAAGAGGUUGCUUUCUUCCAUGAGUAUCGGGAAGGUGUUGAUUGGGUAUUUGUAGACCACCCAUCAUUCCAUAGACCUGGAAAUCCAUAUGGGGAUAGUUUUGGAGCAUUUGGUGAUAAUCAAUUUCGGUUCACUUUACUUUCGCAUGCAGCAUGUGAAGCACCAUUGGUGCUUCCAUUGGGAGGAUAUACCUAUGGUCAAAACUGUUUAUUCUUGGUGAAUGAUUGGCAUGCAGGCCUUGUCCCAUUGCUUUUGGCUGCAAAAUAUCGUCCACAUGGAGUUUAUACUGAUGCCCGAAGUGUUCUCAUAAUUCAUAACCUUGCACAUCAGGGAGUGGAAUCUGCGGUAACAUAUAAAAAUUUAGGACUCCCCGCUGAGUGGUAUGGAGCAUUGGAGUGGGUGUUUCCAGAAUGGGCUAGGGCUCAUGCUCUUGACAGAGGUGAGGCUGUGAAUAUUCUAAAGGGUGCAGUUGUAACAACAGAUCGGAUAUUGACAGUGAGCGAGGGCUAUGCGUGGGAAAUAACAACAGUUGAAGGUGGAUAUGGUUUGAAUGGACUCUUAAGUAGUAGAAAAAGUGUUUUGAAUGGGAUCACUAAUGGCAUUGAUGUGGUUGAAUGGGACCCAUCUUCUGACAAACAUAUUGCUUCACAUUAUUCUGCUAAUGAUCUUUCUGGGAAGGUUGAAUGCAAGAUUGCUUUGCAGAAGGAAUUGGGUCUUCCAAUUAGGCCCGAUUGUCCGUUGAUUGGAUUUAUUGGGCGACUGGACUACCAGAAAGGUAUUGACCUAAUUCAAUCAGGAAUACCAGAGCUCAUGUCCGAAGAUGUACAAUUUGUUAUGUUAGGUUCUGGCGAUGUACAAUGCCAAGAUUGGAUGAGAUUAGCCGAAGCGACUUAUAAAGAUAAAUUUCGUGGUUGGGUUGGAUUUAAUGUCCCAGUCUCUCAUAGAAUAACUGCAGGAUGUGACAUAUUGUUGAUGCCGUCGAGAUUUGAGCCAUGUGGGUUAAAUCAAUUGUAUGCAAUGAGAUAUGGAACUAUACCCGUAGUUCAUAGCACAGGAGGACUUAGAGAUACAGUGGUUAAUUUCAAUCCAUAUGCUGAAGGAGGUGGCGAGGGAACAGGGUGGACUUUUUCUCCGCUAACAAAAGAGAGCAUGUUGGCGGCUCUAAGACUUGCUAUUCGAACAUACAAAGAGUACAAGCCUUCUUGGGAUGGAUUGAUGAAAAGAGGUAUGGGGAAGGACUUUACAUGGGAAAGUGCUGCAAUCCAAUAUGAGCAAGUCUUCGAAUGGGCCUUUAUUGACCCACCAUACGUUGGUUGAGGCCGAAAAACAAAAGAGAAUAACCUCCUAAAUUUUUUUUCUUGUUCACUCCUAUGUAUAGGGUAUUUGAGAUUCUACGCACAAGAGCAUUUGGUUAGUUGUUAUCAUUGGUGUCUACAUGGUAGGUAUACACGAGUUUAGUUUUAUUCAUUUAGUGAAAAUCCAGCAAUUAUUCUACCAUAUCACCUAUUAAAAGGGGCCAUUUAUGCCUUCGAAAUUAAUAGUUUAGAUAUGACUACAUAAUAUUGUACUUUCAACUUGUAAAAAGUAUUUUUGGUUUCAUCUAAAUAAUUGUAUCAUUGAAGAUACUCUAAUAUUAUGUACCUUACAAA